AUGGGGGCGUGCCCCGGACAGCCGUGCUUUGGCGCUCAAUUAAUGCGGAACCAAAGUCAAAAGUCACCGAAGACGACCGCUUGUUUGCAGUCGUGUGGUCCUCCCGGCGAUGGAUUAACACAUCUCCGGGGGCAACGGCGACAACCCUCGUGGCAAGCUCUUUUGGGGCUAUGA